AUGGGAUCCUCGCCAGACGCACACUCGGCCACCAAGCGGCCCCUGCAAUAUCUGCAGCUCGACCCGUCCAACAGACACCCGCUCCUCAAGGCAGACAAGCGCCACACCCCGCCGCUCGACGACUUCCCCGUCAGGAAGAGCCAGGUCGCACCGGCAUCAUCGUCGUCAUCGACAUCACCGACAUCCGCCGGCGGCGAGAAUGCGCGGGUCAUCUUCAUCGGGACGGCGACGACGGUGAUCGAGUGGCAUGGUCUCCGCAUCCUGACGGACCCCAACUUCCUGCACGCGGGCGACCACGUCCACCUGGGCCCCGGGGUCACGGCCCAGCGCGUCACGAACCCAGCCGUCAACCUGGACCAGCUGCCUCCCGUCGACGUGAUCCUGCUCUCGCACUACCACGCCGACCACUUCGACCAGCUCGUCGAGGACUCGCUCGACCGCGAUUUCCCCAUCGUCACCACCCCGCACGCCAAGGGGUGUCUAACCGGGCGCUCCACGCACAAGAACGAUCCGUUCCGCAACGUGACGGAGCUCGACUUCUUCGAGAGCGCCGUGCUGCUCGCGCCGCAGCCUGAGGGCCAGAAGCGGCCCGUGCUCGGGUACUCGGAUGGCGUGCCCUCGCCGGUCGACAGCGAGAUCGCGACGGGCUACCGUGCGUAUAUAUCCGGGGACACGCUUUUCGUGGACGAUUUGAAAAAGAUCCCCGAGUGGCUGGGUGGUGCGCGCGUGGACCUCAUGUUGAUCCACCUGGGCGGCACGACGAUUCCGGGACCCUCGGCCCCGCUGGUCAUGGUCACGAUGGACGCGAAGCAAGGGUUGCAGCUCAUGAGGCUCGUCGACCCGGACGUCACGAUCCCGGUGCACUACGAUGAUUAUGAUGUGUUUCUGUCCUCGCUGGAGGAAUUUAAAGCGGAGGUGGAGCAGGGGAAGAUGGCCCAUCGGGUGGUGUACUUGGACCGCGGAGAUGAGUACAGGUUCAAGGUGGCCCCGCCGCCCGAGGGCCAUAUUGGUACCUAUUGA